AUGGACCAAUCGCGUGAGCGGAUCCGGCGGAUUCCGCUCGACGGAGACGGAGCGGUCCACGUGGACCGACUCACACACGCACGCGAGUAUAAUGCCUCGAGUGGAAAUAGCUAUGACGGCGAAAUGUGCGACAGCGAAAAAAUAAAAUGCGGUCGGUCGGUGCGGCGAGGUGAGGUGAGGCGAGGUGAGGUCACAGCUAACAACUAUACGGAACAGACAUACAGACGAGAUGUAGCAGGAAACAAAAAUAUUGAAGUAAAAACCUGUCCGAGAGGAAAUAAAAGGCAUCGCGCUGGAACGAGAGUCGCAGCUGAGAUAACUAUCGACGUGGGUGUAUUGUGUACGGGGACUAUAAAGUAUGGCCGCUCAGGAGCCGGCGGCGGCGGGAGAAUAAUACUUACAGGACCGCUACCGACACCGCUACCACUGACAAACAUCUCAUUAAUGAUUAAAACAUUUAUAAGUGAGCCCUGGACUCAAUACUUCCCCGGACAUGUGACACGAACAAUGAGUGACAUUCCUUCACGACUCCAUACACUCAAUGUUUACACUGGCUCUGAAUCCACCACUUCCGCCAAACACUCAUGCGAUAGAGACGUCCACGUAAAUAUCACGGAAACUUUCGCCAAAGUAGAUAUCUGUCAAAGUUUGUUCUCUCCGGCGAGUGCCGAGUGCCGACUCAUCUAUACCGAUGACUUGUGGAACAGUUACCAUCCAGACGUCCCGCUGCCCUCCCGAGACGCUAAAGAAUCGAGAUCCCCAAAUAAUACGCAUCUAUCUAUUAGAGCGUACAGUUACGAUUCGACUGAGUAUUCCUCAAACAUAAAGAUAGUCGACGAAAAAUUCGACUCGAGAAAAUAUGUACGGCAGGAGUCCACGGGUGUCGGGGCGAGGGGAGAGGGGGCCACGACGACGACGAACGGGCCCCCCGCGCCCCUCGUACGGUUAGUUCACUCGCAGCAGUCGAGCGUGUAG